UAAACUUCUGUAUAUAAUAUUGAUAGUGGAAAUAGCAUAGUAUAAUUACAUAUCUGGUUGUCGAGUCCUUUUGUGAAUAUGUCACGGAAAUUACAAUAUUUUGGAUUUUCGCUUAUGACUUGUGCGGCUUUUGUUUACAUGUGUGCUAUAUUCGUUGAUAAACGUGUCUUUCCAGAGAGAACUUAUAAUCUCACUGUUACUGCUGUACCUGGAAGAAUCACAGUUUCUGAAAGUAAUUAUAAAAGUGAGAGUCACACAACUGCGAGACAGACUUACAGGCCUGGGACUUCUAUUCUCAAUAAAGAUGAAAAUGAAUACAGCAAUCAUGGUGAAAAUGACAGUUUUGCCACUGAUACAAAAGAAGAAACGCUUUGCAAUUCAACUAUACUAAAACCAAAUUUAGAUAUGUUUAAUCGCUCUAAAAGUGUUGAAAAAAGACAUAUAGCAUUUUUAAAAGUACACAAAGCGGCUUCAACCACGCUUCAAACUAUGUUUUACAGGUUCGGGUUUGAGCGGAACUUGAGCUUCGUCCUGCCUAUCAAAAGUAAUUACAUCUCGAAAUCCGUAAACGUACACGAGGAUUUAGUAAGUCCACUACACGGUGACCAUUACGACAUUAUAUGCAAUCAUGGAAUAUUUAGCCACUUUAUUUAUUCGAGUUUAAUGCCGAAUGACACUAUAUACCUAGCAGUAGUUAGAAACCCUAUGGAUCAGUUUAUCUCAGCAGUAAAGUAUUACACGGAGGUAUACAAAUUUCAAUACUUGGUUAAUAUUCCGGGUAACCGUAUAAAUAAUCUGAUCAAUUUUCCAAACAAAUAUGACGAACUUCUUUCUUAUACAAGAAACUCAAUGUCACGUGACUUCGGUUUCCAAAAGCAUCAUGUAUUUAACAUGCAGGAAGCCGAAUGUUACCUUAUGGAGCUUGACAAAGUUUUCGACUUUGUACUAAUAGCAGAACACUUUGACGAGUCUUUAAUAUUAAUGAGAAGGCGUUUGAACUGGUCACUAAAAGAUAUAUUGUAUAUAUCCAAAAAUGUUCGAGGUCAAGACGAAGUGAUAAGCAAACCUUUAAAGGCCAAAUUAUACGAGCGAAAUAAACUAGACUAUAUGGUGUAUGACUUCUUUUAUAGAAAAUUUCAAAUCAUUUUAAAGGAGUUCAAGGAAGACGUGAUGGCAGAAAUGGUAUACUUUAAACAAGUUCUGUCAACUGUACAGAGCUGGUGUGUUGAUGAUAUGGUGGGAAAUUUGGUGAUAAAAUCUUCCGUUUGGAAUGAUGAGUUUAUCAUUAAUAUGCGAGAUUGUAAACUAAUGAUGAAGGGAGAACUCAAAUUUAUAAAACUUUUAAAGAAUGGUAUAACGGAGCUGUGAUGGACAUGUUCAUAUGACAGAUUAUAAUAAAUAUAAAAGUAUUUUACAGUUUGUAUGUUUAUAGUACUGUAUGUUUUUGUAAGAUCGUCUUUUGAUGGAUUCUCGUGAGGUUUAUGUAAUAUUCAGGACUAUUAAAUGUUGUUUUCCUUACAGAAAUCAUUUGUGCAUUAUUAAAUGAUUUAUCAUUUUAUGUUAACAAGACGUUAGUAUCUUAACAACACAUAGUAUCUAAACAACCCAUUAGUAUCUUAACAACGCAUUAGUAUCUAAACAACCCAUUAGUAUCUUAACAACGCAUUAUAUCUAAGCAACGCAUUAGUAUCUAAACAACGCAUUAGUAUCUAAACAACGCAUUAGUAUCUAAACAACGCAUUAGUAUCUAAACAACGCAUUAGUAUCUAAACAACACAUUAGUAUCUAAACAACACAUUAGUAUCUAAACAACGCAUUAGUAUCUAAACAAUACAUUAGUAUCUAAACAACGCAUUAAUAUCUAAACAACGCAUUAGUAUCUAAACAACGCAUUAGUAUCUAAACAACGCAUUAGUAUCUAAACAACGCAUUAGUAUCUAAACAACGCAUUACUAACAACACUGUAUAUACAGUGGACCAUUAAACUAGUCAAAAUAUUUAAAACUAACAAUAUAAAUGUCAAUAAACAGCAAUGACCAACCUUUUUCUAUUAAAGAUAACAUCAAAUUGAUUUUACUGUAACUAAAGUUACUUUCAUAGAAGUAGUUUCCUGCUCAUAAUGUCUCUAUCUAACCUUGAACAAGUUAUGAUUAUUGAAAUAACUGAUGAUUGUAAUCUUAUUAUUAUAUUGUAUUUUGAUCUCGUGUUUAUUUUUAUA